AUGGGGAAGGCGUCAAAGGCCCGCAAGCGCAAGGGCCGUCGCCCCGACGGCCUCAAGGCAAUGGAUGAAGACAAACCCCAAAAAAACAGCAAAGGGGGGGUUGUAGCAACACAGGCGAGCAAGAAAACCUCUAGGGACGAUGAGGACGGAGAAGGAGGCACCUCGAGCCACAGCGUGUUCAAGCAGCAGCAGCAGCAGCAGCAGCAGCAGCAACAGCAGCAACAGCAGCAGCAGCAGCAGCAGCGGCAGCAGCAACAGCAGUAUCAAUGA